UUCAUAGUAAAUAGAAAAAUAGAAAACUAGAAAAAUAUAAUAAAAUCAACCAUCAUGUCCAAACGUUUUUUCUUUUUUCGAGGUCACAUCAUGGUUCGUGUUUUGGCACUCUUUUGUUUCUCGUUUACAUACCUGCCUCUUCUCUCUCCCUUUGAUCGGUGAUACUUGAAAAGUUUGGGCUUGUUGCAAAAUAAAGUCAAGUCAGCUACCUAGAGCUAAGUAGCUAGGUACCUACGUCAAACGAACGAACGAUGGAAGAGAAGGAGAUCAACGUCGGUGGCGUGACGGUUCAUCAUGACCACAUCGCUGUGCAAGAGGGCACGGGCUCAGGAGGAAACGUCGCUGGUGCUAAAGCGAAGGUGGUGCAUAAUGCCGAACUAUACGCCGCUGUCCACGAAACGAAAAUCAACUAUAAGAGCAGAGAGUCGUUACAUCUUUACUUUUCCGUUUUUGUUGCGUUCUGCUGCGCUUGCGCCAAUGGAUAUGAUGGAUCUCUCCUUACUGGCGUCAUUGCCAUGCCUCACUUCCAGAAUACCUUCCACAGCGGCAAAACCGGCACCCUGGUCGCCAUAAUGUUCUCUCUCUACACCGUCGGUGCAAUGGUCGGCGCCCCCUUCGCCGCCAUCCUCUCUGACAAGUUCGGCCGCAGGAAAGCCAUGUUCUGGGGCGCGGUCAUUAUCAUCAUCGGCAUGAUAAUCGUCUCCACUUCGUUCACAGUCGCGCAGUUUGUUGUGGGCCGCUUCGUUCUCGGGUUCGGCAUCUCGGUCAUGUCGGUGGCUGCGCCCGCUUACACGGUUGAGAUCUCGCCGCCCCACUGGAGAGGUAGAGCUACGGGAUUCUACAACUGCGGCUGGUUCGGCGGAUCCAUCCCCGCAGCCGCCGUCGUCUACGGCUGCAACCAGAUCGACAACGACUACUCCUGGCGGAUCCCCCUGAUUGUUCAGGGGCUUGCCUGUAUCGUCGUAAUGGGCGGUGUCUGGUUUAUCCCGGAGUCGCCACGGUUCCUGAUCGCCAACGGCCGCGAGGAAGAGGCGGUCUCGUUCCUGGUCAAGUAUCAUGGCAAUAACGACCCUACCUCUAGGCUCGUGCAGCUUCAGAUCGAGGAGAUGAAGGAUGGGAUUCGCCAGGAUGGCAUUGAUAAGCGGCCUUGGGAUUAUCGCCCCUUUAUACUGACCCACAGCGGACGUUGGCGCAUAGCUCAAGUCCUGAUGAUAUCCAUCUUCGGCCAAUUCUCCGGCAACGGACUGGGCUACUUCAACACCACCAUCUUCGAGAUCAUCGGCGUUACCUCCGUCGAGCAGCAACUAGCCUACAACCUCCUCAACUCGGUUCUUUCCGCCGUCGGUGCUCUGGCUGCUGUCUCCCUGACUGACACUAUGCCCCGACGUAAAGUCUUGGUUCUCGGAACGCUUGCCUGCGCCGCCGCGCUCGCCACGAACUCCGGCCUUUCCGCCGCCCUCGACAACCAAGGCGCGAACAUCCAGCCGUCGUACGCCAAAGGCGCGCUGGCCUCCUACUUCCUCUUCAACGUCAUCUUCUCGUUCACGUACACGCCGCUGCAGAGCGUUGUCGCCACCGAGGCGCUCGAGAACACGACGCGCGCCAAGGGCCUCGCAACGUCCAGCGUCCUGGUCUACGCGAUGGGCUUCAUCAACCAGUUCGCGGGCCCGAUUGCGCUGGGCAAUAUUGGGUAUAAGUAUAUUUAUGUUUUCGUCGGCUGGGAUGUCGUGGAGGCGAUUAUGUGGUAUUUCUUUGGCGUCGAGUCCCAAGGCCGCACCCUCGAACAGCUCGAAUGGGUCUACAACCAGCCGAACCCCGUCAAGGCAUCCCUUAAGGUCGACAAGGUGGUCGUGCAGGCCGACGGCAAGGUGGCGGAGAAGGUGGUCGUGGAUCAUGUGUAGUAGUUUACGAUAUGUCUUUUGGUUUUUGUGCUUCGUACCUACCUACUAGGGUAUCAUGGGAGAUUUAAUGGAUUUUUAUGCCUGCGUGGAAUGCUGUGGUUGUAGAGAUGCAUACCUACAUAGCCUGCCAAUGAGAUGGGCAUGAGUCGAUGCUUUUCAAAGGCUUAUUCUAUGAUCACUAGAGGCUAUGGACUAGGUACCUACCUUGUUGUCAGGCUGGGGUAAGUCGCGUCACGAUAAAAAGGGGCUUCAAGGCUGCUGGGUUUAUUUGAUAGGCGGCUACUGUUAUACUAUGCUCUACACCAAAUCUAAACUGUUUUCCUGCAAUCGCAAACGUACUGUCGUAUAUGACGGUGGCAAUCGAAUUUGCGUAGGCACUGUCAAGGGUGUACCUGGGGGGGCUACAAAUAAUAAAGAUAG